GAGCGGCAGUCCCUUCUGGUGCGUGCGUAGGAGAACGUCUCUCUUUCGCCCGGUCACGAGAGAGAGGGAGUGUGGGAUCUGACGUUUCGUUAUCAUACCUCGCGCGAGCCCGAGAGACCUCCGGUGACGCUCGGCUCGGCCCGUAUUCAGCCCGCGCGCGUCGUUCGGGGAGCCGCCGCGGUGUUGUCCGUCGAUGGUAGUGCUUCGAGUGCGCGAUAAACGACAGCCCAGAGUGCAUGCACCGCCGCCCGCCCGUUUCCAAAGUGUACUACUACGUCCGGUGUGCGCGUGUGUGUGUUGUCGCGUGAACGGUCGAGCGAACGGCCGCAAGACCGCGGGCGCCGACGAGCCAGGAAAGUCGUAAGCGCGUAUCGACGCGCGGAGCCUCCGGCGGCGACGGAAUCGAGGGUGAUAGAGCGAGCGAGCAAGCGAGAGAAAGAGAGGGGGACAGAGAAAAUGGACUAUUUAACACGCUCCUAAGAAUAGCCGGUGCGCGUUCGUACGCGAGUAUACUAAGCGCCUAUAAAUACACGCGUACCGCGGGCCGCGGAAACACGAGCUCGUAGAUUUCACGGUGCAACCUGCGCCACGAGGAGAGAUAGGAAAAGACGCGGCAAAGAAGAAGGGAGCAGAGGGGAGAGGCGAUCUUGAAGGAGGGCGCACCUGGCGCUCGAAAAGAAACUUGCCAUAAUCGGAUCUAGUCGGAGAGGCAGUAACGCAAGAUAAUCGCGGGCGCGCGGCGCGAGGGACGCGGAGACACUAAGAUACCAGUGCGUGCGCGCGCGCGCGCGCGUCUGUGUCCAGAGAGAACGAGCGACGGAGAGUGCGAUAGAGAGAGAGAGAGAGAGAGAGAGAGAGAGUGCGAGAGAGGGACGCGUCGUGUGUGUAGCAAUCGGUCCAUUGCCGGCGGUACCAGUCCGAGAGCAGAGAUUAGAGAAUAACCGCACCUGAAGUGAGAUUUUAUUAUUUCGCCGGUGUACCCUUUCUUUCCCUGCCCGUAGUAACACGAGAAACAUCAUCCCGGCGCGGAGUCGCUCGGCGGCCGAGCUUGCAGCACAACUCUCUCUCUAUACCCGAGGCGGUCUCGCCUAAAAAUAUCUCCUUCCUGCAUAUUCCGGCGCGUUUACACCGGCCUCUCUCGUUGUUUCUCUCGCCGGCGGAUCGCGCGUACACUUUUUCUUACCGUCGCGAGGCGAGUUCUUCCUGUGAGAACCGAACGGUCGCGUAGUUACCUCUCUAAGGUCUCUCGUCGGAAUUAAAACUAUCGCCGGAAAGGCACCGAGGGACCGAGGGAAAAUGGGCCGCAGAGAAUCGUGCGCGACGGAGCACCGUGGAUGACCGAAAGAGAGAGAGGGAGAGAGAGGGAUGAGGAUCGUGGUCGCGCCGGGCCCUCGAAGCGACACGCGCCCAGCUAGAAGACAGCCGCCGUCGGGAGAACGGUCCCCGAUAGGACCCGGUGUCCCGUCCGUCGGCUGACCGAGGAGCCACCCAGCCGCGUGUGUGCGGAUUCGCCGCGGUGUUGUCGCGCGGUGAAUGAAACAGUGAGUGAAACAAAAAGGAAAAGAGAAGAAAGAAAAUAGAAGAAAGUGCAAAGCAGAGGAGGAAGAGAAGUGGUUCACGGUGGAGGGUGGAGGAGGGAACGGUGUGCAAGGGGUCGCCGCAGUGGGCCCCGGAGAUGACGCGAUGAUGGCCUACGGAGGAACCGCUGUGAACGGUGGCACGAUGGGACCCUCUUCCGCCGGCACGGACGUUUUGGGCUCGACCGGCGAUUACAGCCCGCAGGGGACACCGACGCCCCUCACCGGCCAUUCGGCGGGCCCCGUCGAGGCGAGCACGUACGGCCCGGCGACCGGGCCCACCAGUUACAGUCCCCAGGACAGCCCGGCGAGCUCCGCCGGCGGCGGCGGCGGAAGCGGCACCAAUGGACAACUGCCGAGCUUCGGGUUCACCCAGGAACAGGUCGCAUGCGUUUGCGAGGCGAUGGUGUCGUCUGUCCAGGUUCUCCAGCAGGCAGGAUCCGUGGAGAGGCUCGGCAGGUUUCUGUGGUCCCUGCCGGCUUGCACGAGGCUGCACCGACACGAGAGCGUGCUGAAGGCGAAGGCGAUCGUCGCCUUUCAUCGGGGACAUUUUAAGGAACUGUACAGGAUCCUCGAGAGCCACACGUUCAGUCUGCACAAUCAUCAGAAACUGCAAGCCCUCUGGCUCAAGGCUCAUUAUAUCGAGGCCGAGAAACUGAGAGGGAGGCCUCUGGGCGCAGUCGGGAAGUAUCGCGUGCGCCGUAAGUUUCCCCUGCCGAGAACGAUCUGGGACGGCGAGGAGAUGUCCUACUGCUUCAAGGAGAAGUCGCGGAGCGUGCUCCGCGAUUGGUACGCGACCAAUCCGUAUCCAUCGCCCCGCGAGAAGCGGGAAUUGGCGGAAACAACGGGCCUCACCACCACGCAGGUCAGCAACUGGUUCAAGAACAGGCGGCAACGGGACCGCGCGGCCGAGCACAGCGGCCAAAGGGAGGACAAGACCCACGGCGGCGGGCUCGGCGACUCGAGCAGCGAGAGCGGCGACGAGGCGAAGAGGCAGGCGGUGGGCCAGCAACAGCCUCAGCAACCGUCCGCGUGCGCGGUGCAACAGCAGCAACAGCAACAGCAACAGAUCGUGGAGCACCAGCAGACGCCGAGCAUGUAUCAGCUGCCGCCGCCCGUCUCCGUCUCGAGUCCUCACUCGUAUCAUCAAGGUCACGCCUCGACCUUGAGCCAUCCUCACACGCCGACGCACCACAUGCAGCACCACGACACCAGCAGCGAGAGCGGCGACGACAAGCGGAACCUUCAUCAUCAGAUACAGCAUCAUCUCCAGGUCGGCGCGCACGGCGCGCACGGCUUGGUGCAUCCGACGGCGACCUUGCCGCCGCCGCCGCCCAGCUGCGCCCAACAGAAGAGCCAGUUGGACUAUAUGCAGUACUAUAGCCCGCAGGAUUACCUGAUCGGCACGCCGACCUCGGCGGACCUGCAGAAGUCACUUCCCCACACGGCGACGUCGAUGCAGAUGGGUGCUAUAGCCCCUUCCAUGGGUGGGCUGAGCCCGAUGGGCCCGUCGACGAUGCUGCCGAACACGAUGCAGGGUGUGAACACGAUGAACACGAUGUCGAUGAACGGCAUGGGCAUGGGGGCGUACCAGGGCAUGGGCUCCAUGGGCAUGUCGACGUCCCACGGCACUUAUCACAGCGGCCUCGUGCUGGGCGAUUAUCAUUCGUUGUGACCCUGGGCCCCGGGCAGUCAGAGCAAAGGAACCAAGAGGAAGCUGAACGGAGAGCUGGUCUCGUAAGGAUCUGCCGGGCGACAUUUUUAGUCCUCUGAGAAUGAGAAUCGUUUGCCAACGUGUCCCCGAGUAGCCCGGAAAAAAAAGACACUCUAUAUAACCGUAAUUCGUCGCCGACCUGGCGGACAACAAUUGUGUCUCGUCACCGCGCGGGCCACGGUCUACUCGGACCGCCUGAACGUUUCCCCUACCUCGGUAUCGAGUCGAAUUGCAAAUUAUUCGCGAACAGUUUCCCGGUCACCGAACGAACACGAGGGCAACAGAAGCGAGAUCCUGGGCACCGAUCACUCCGGCACGCCGCCGUCGCUGGGCUCCCGGCCGAGCCGUGACGUCAUCGGCGCUCGGCUCACGUGACGGGGUACGCAGAGCACAGCGUGUAACCGGGAGGGGAGGAGGACUCCGGGCGAUUAGCUUAGAGCGCGUCCGCGGUCGCAAAGCAAGGACGCGACAGGUCAAAAAUGUUUUCUCGCUUUCGAGACGUUCUCGAGAUGUUACAAAUUGCAUUGUCUCUUGAGUCUCUGUCGAAUUUUCUUUUUACGAUUUGUUUUAUUGCAUUUGAUGUGUGUAUAAACACGCGGCUCUAGAGAAUUUCCCUGAAGCAGAGGUAAGCCAUCUACACGACGUCCGAGCUAUAAAUAUAUAUUUCGGUUAUCGAGUUCGCUUGUUGCAACAAAUGUUGGGAAAUCUAAUUUUGCACAAUUGAUCUGAAUUCGAUGCCGAGAUAUUGAUAUUAUAGUGCAAAAAGUGUUAAAUUCAUUAUUCUUUUAGAAACUUAUUUUCGCUUCAAAGAACAAUAAAAAUACAUAUACACGAACGCUUGGAGAAAAAUUAUGUAUUUACAUCGACAAUUUACAUGCUCAAAUUGUACAUUUACAAUUUAUAUUGGUUAAAUAUGGCCGGCCAAAUUUCAAAAUUAUCUUCUUGCAUCAUGCGACGUCGCAUUUGACUCGCUACCUUUGCUUCACUGGAUUACUGGAUUUUCCAUACCAAAAAUGUCUCUCGAUCCGAAACCGGGGGAUUCCUGAGGUAAUUUGAAGCAACUUUUUCCUUUACGAAAAUG